AUGACCGUUGUGAUCAUUGUGUGUUUCCAGAUCCCUUACCUAGCUGAUGGGGUUCGUAUCCAUGGAGAGAAGGUGUCUGAGGCUCUGAGGCCUUUCCAUGACCGCCUGGAGGCCUGCUUCAAACAGCUCAGAGAGAAAGUGGAGAAACAGUACGGAGUCAAGACUCUGCCUGCGGUGGAUGACAGACGUGGGACCCGUCCUCGCUCUAUGCUGCGUUCCUUCACCAUGCCCUCACAACAGAGACCACUCUCUGUGGCUUCAGUCAACUCCAUCUCCUCUGACAACUCCCCCUCUCGACCUGGCUCAGACGGCUUUGCCCUAGAGCCUCUCCUGCCAAAGAAGUUGCACUGCAAGUCCCAGGAUAAGCUGGAGCGCGACGAGUCGGAGAGGGAGAGGAAGGACAAGAAGAAAGAGAAGAGGAACAGUAAACACCAGGAGAUCUUUGACAAGGAGCUGAAGACCACUGACAUCUCCCUGCAGCCCGCGAGGCAGUCAUACUAUCAGCCCACUGAGGCCUCAGAGACCAAAGAGUCAGGUGUUGAACCUGUUGAGUGGAGACCGCCGUCUCUCCGUGUCCCCCUGACCCCCAGCCCCAUUCCUCCCGGGCCCCCACCCAUCACCCCCAGGAACAAACUGUCCUUCAGCCUGCUCACCGUCUCCAGGUCGUCUCUGUCUUCCCUGGGCUCUAGGUCGUCUGUCUUCCCUGGGCUCUCUAGGGUCUUCUUUGUCUUCCCUGGGCUCUCUAGCGUCGUCUCUGUCUUCCUGGGCUCUCUAGGGUCGUCUCUGUCUUACCUGGGCUCUCUAGGGUCGUCUCUGUCUUCCCUGGGCUCUCGAGGGUUGUCUGUCUUCCCUGUGCUCUAG